UGACCCACAUUUGAAAACACAACAUUAGAUGGACCGAUGAUAAAACCAAUUGCAUUGAGUUUCUGAAAUUCCAAACCCCUUUCUCUUGUUAUUUCCGCCCCACUCUUUCUAAAUUGCUUUCAUCUAAUGCAGCUCCAUUCAUAAACCUCUCUUCCUCACUCUCAUUACUUUGUUUUCAACUGAAUCAUUCAGAUUCAGAUCAACAACAAUGAACGCCUACAUUGCCGGCCUCAUAGUUCCUCUCGUCAUCCUCCUCUUCCGCAACUCCAACAACCGCAAACGCCGCGGCUUACCUGCCGACGUCGGCGGCGAACCCGGUUUCACGGUCCGCAACCACCGCGUCACAUCUCCAUUAACUUCACUUUGGGAAGACGUGACGACACUCGCGGAGCUUUUCGAGCUAACAUGCAGAAAGAAUCAUGAUAGAUUGUUACUCGGAACUCGUGAAUUGAUCUCACGUGAAAUGGAAAGUUCUUCUGAUGGAAGAAAGUUCGAGAAGCUUCAUCUUGGAGAGUAUCAAUGGGUUACGUAUGGGAAGGUUUUUGAAUCUGUUUGUAGUUUUGCUUCUGGUUUGGUGAAGAUUGGUCAUGUUAGAGAAGAACGUGUUGCAAUUUAUGCUGACACUAGAGAAGAAUGGUUUAUUGCAUUGCAGGCUUGCUUCAGGAGAAAUGUGACUGUUGUUACCAUUUAUGCUUCUUUGGGAGAAGAAGCUUUGUGUCACUCAUUGAACGAGACAGAGGUUACGACUGUGAUUUGUGGCCGCAAAGAAUUGAAAUCACUUGUAAAUAUUGCUGGACAACUUGACUCUGUGAAACGUGUGAUAUGUGUUGACGAUGAUGUCCCAUCUGAUGCCGCAUCUGCUCAGCAUGGAUGGACAAUCACUUCCUUUUCUGAUGUUGAGAGGCUUGGUAGAGAAAACCCUGUUGAGGCUGAUUUACCCCUUUCAGCUGAUGUUGCAGUUAUAAUGUACACAAGUGGAAGUACAGGCUUGCCUAAGGGUGUGAUGAUGACACAUGGCAAUAUCUUAGCAACAGUGUCUGCUGUAGUGAAAAUUGUUCCCGAACUUGGGACAAAGGAUGUAUAUCUAGCAUACUUACCAAUGGCUCAUAUUCUUGAAUUAAUAGCUGAGAAUUUGUUUGCUGCUGUUGGAGGCUGUAUAGGAUACGGAACUCCAUUAACUCUAACCGAUACAUCAAACAGUAAAAAGGGGACAAAAGGGGAUGCCACUGCAUUGAUGCCAACUGUGUUGGUAGCUGUACCAGCAAUUCUUGAUCGUGUUCGUGAUGGAGUUUUCAAGAAGGUAAAUGCAAAGGGAGGAUUAUCAAAGGCGUUAUUUGAUUUAGCCUAUGCACGAAGGAUGCAGGCGAUUAAUGGUAGCUGGUUUGGUGCUUGGGGCUUGGAAAAAGCUCUAUGGAAUCUUCUUGUCUUCAAAAAGGUCCAAGCAAUUCUGGGUGGUCGUAUUCGUUUUAUACUGUGUGGUGGUGCACCCCUUUCUGGCGACUCACAAAGAUUCAUCAACAUUUGUCUUGGUGCUCCAAUAGGUCAAGCAUAUGGUCUCACGGAGACUUGUGCUGGUGGGACAUUUUCUGAUUUUGACGAUACUUCUGUUGGCCGUGUUGGACCACCAAAACCUUCCACAUAUGUUAAGUUAAUCGACUGGCCUGAAGGUGGAUAUUCAACUACUGACUCACCGAUGCCUCGUGGUGAAAUAGUAAUUGGUGGUCCAAGUGUCACUCUUGGGUAUUUCAAAAAUGAAGAAAAGACAAGAGAGUCUUACAAGGUUGAUGAACGGGGAAUGAGGUGGUUCUACACUGGUGAUGUAGGGAGAUUUCACGCAGAUGGUUGCCUUGAGAUCAUUGAUAGGAAAAAGGACAUAGUUAAACUGCAGCAUGGAGAAUAUGUGUCCUUGGGAAAGGUUGAGGCAGUUCUUCUUGGCAGCCCCUUUGUGGACAACAUUAUGUUGCAUGCUGAUUCUUUUCAAAGUUACUGUGUGGGACUUGUUGCUGUUUCUCAUCCUGCGUUGGAUGAAUGGGCUUCAAAGCAAGGAAUUGCUUAUUCUGAUCUUUCAGAAUUGUGCAGCAAAGAAGAAACAGUGAAAGAGGUGCAUGCAUCACUUGUAAAGGAAGCAAAGAAGGGUCGUCUGGAAAAAUUUGAAAUUCCUGCAAAACUUAAAUUGCUUUCUGACCCAUGGACUCCUGAGACUGGCCUAGUUACUGCAGCUCUUAAGAUCAAGAGAGAUAUCAUUAGAAAGACUUUUCAAGAAGAGCUCUCAAAGUUAUAUGCCAAAUAGACAAAACCAAACUUGGAAUGGUUACUCAUCCCAGUGAAAGAAGCUACUUCUUUUAGUUUUUCCUCCGGGAGGGUUCUGUAUUUUUGCUUGAUUUUUUCCACCGUAGUUGAGUAGAUUACGAAACUGUUAAAUAACUUGAGUUUGCAUAUGCAGUUCAUCAAAUCUUUUUACCAUGUUUAUCAAUUUUUCGGUCGUAAAUUUAUUUCAGGUUUUUUUUUGUUGUUGUUGCAUA